ACUAUUUGGUAUCUCUGAUGUAAUUUGAACCCCCUGAUAAGAUUUUACCUACGCUAGGUAUAUACGCUGAUCCUCACCUGUGUCAAUUACAGAGUUAGUACUUAUAGUGGGACUUAAAAGAACAAUGUGACAUGAAGAAGUAAACAGCCAAGAAAAAAAAGUGCAAGAUGAUCCAUCUAAGGACACUGUUUGUUACACUUCUAGUUAUCUCCCUUGCUUCUGCAGAGGAUGCCGAGCUCAAGGUCUCACCACCAGAGGCCGCCGAACAGGCGGGAAAAACCACCACAUUUGAAUGUACCGACCCAGAAAACGAGGCGGCAAAACUAAUGUGGCUGUUUCCUAACCAAACCUCAAUAAAAGACAGCAUGGAUUCUAGGUUUGAGGACAAUAACGGAACGUUGUCCAUCUCCGAUAUCAGGAAAGGUGACGAGGGGGAAUAUAUCUGUACGACCUCGUCACGUGACUUAAACGCGACGGGAACGUUAAUCAUUUACGUGAUGCCGUCAUACUUUACUGAGGCCAUGAUAGUGAUGGGGAUAAAUAUAGUCCUCGUGUUGAUUUUCAUUGGCUGUGGAAUACAUCAAUUCAUACAAGGCAGGAAAAUGAAAACGAACUUGAAGAAACAUGACACUACAUAGUCAAGUAGUCAUAAUAUUAAUUUUAGUAAAUAUUUUUCAAAUUCUA